UCCCGUGUAAACUUAUCCAACAGUAAUCUUUCUUCUGAUAUUUUGGAUUUGCAUAUUACAAGUAUGAUGACAAUGGGGGAACCGUGUUUAUUUUUCCAGGUGACGCACCUGAAGCUAGACAACAACUUACUGCGUGAUAUACCCGAAAUCCUGGGGAAUUUGACUAGCCUGACGUGUCUCGACCUCAGCAACAAUUCUAUUUCGCAGGUGGGUGAUUCUGUUAUUAACCUUACAGCCCUCAACAAACUUAUUCUCAGGAAUAAUGAGCUAUCAGAAGAAGGACUUCCUAAGGAUAUGAUAGCGCUCAGAAACUUGAAAACUUUAAAUCUAUCAGGUAACCGUUUGACCUGCGUACCACCACAGCUUCUUGAUCUAGCUGGGCUAAGGAAUCUGUUUCUGGGAGCUAAUCAGAUUACAGAGAUUACACCUGCCAUCAACAGGCUCAGACGACUGCGAUUGUUGUAUCUCGGUGGUAAUCAACUGGAAACUCUGCCCCACGAGAUCGGAGAUUUGAAACAAAUGCACGUUUUACUUUUGAGUGAUAACAAACUUCGUCGGUUGCCAGAGUCGAUCUGCAGUCUUAGAAAACUUCAAUGCUUGCAGCUUCAUAGGAAUUGUUUGACCACACUUCCACACGGUCUCAUCCAUGUCAAAUCUUUGGCUGAACUUUCACUCAGGGAAAAUCCUUUAGUUAUGAGAUUCAUUCGUGAUAUGGAAUACCAGCCAGCCAGCCUACUGGAAAUAGCAGGCAGAGUUGUUAAGCAAAAUAAGAUUCCCUACGAAGAUAACGAUUUACCUGCCUCCUUACACAGCUACUUAACCUGCGCACAUGAAUGUGUUAACCCAAGCUGCAGAGGAGUUUAUUUUGAUCACAGGGUUGAGCAUGUGAAAUUCUCCGAUUUUUGUGGCAAAUAUAAGGUUCCUUUGCUCCAAUAUCUGUGCAGUCCCAGAUGCCGAGAGCAGUUGCCAGAAUAUCGGGAUUGUGAAGUGGAAGACGAGCUGGCCGAAAAAUCACAGCGUCUCAAAAGAGUUUUACUGGGCUGAAACAAUUCAUCAUAAUAAUUCAAGAAAAUGCUUGAAUAAAUGUUAAAUACAAA